UCGUUUUCUCUUGGCCUCCAUCUAUUUCCUUGUCUUUCAUUUGGGUAUUUGAUGUUUCCUUCCCAGCUCAGUCGCUUCCCUGCUGUCAGUUUCUGAAGUCUGUGUGCAGUGACACACACAAGCUGCCUCUACAGAGAUGUGCUCAUCGAGUCCACAAUCCAUGCUACCCGUGCUACGGAUCAUUAGGAAACAGCAGCAGGGUGGGAGCAGUUGGAGUUUUCUCACCCCAGAAUAAAAUGCCAUAAGUGUUUAUGAGUCAUGCACAGCAACAAGAAAGAUGGCCAGUAACCCAUGUGGUGGGCAGCCCCAGCCCGUCCUUGCCGUGCCGGCCCUGCUCGGCCCCCGCCGCUGAGGGGGGGAGAAGGGAGGAAUCGCCCGGGCCUACGCCAUGGCCUCGCCCCGCCGCCCCGGCCCUCCUGACGGAGGCUGGGGAUGGAUGAUCGUUGCCGGCUGCUUCCUCGUCACUAUCUGUACCAGGGCUGUGACAAGGUGCAUCUCCAUUUUUUUUGUGGAGUUCCAGGCGUACUUUGGGCAGGACUAUGCCAGAACAGCUUGGAUCCACUCCAUCGUUGACUGUGCUACGAUGCUCUGUGCCCCGCUCGGGAGUUUAAUCAGUAAUCACGUAUCCUGCCAAGUUGGUAUCAUGCUGGGAGGGCUGCUUGCAUCUGCUGGACUAAUUUUGAGCUCAUUCGCCACCAGCCUGGAGCAUCUCUACUUAUCGUUAGGAGUCCUUACAGGGCUUGGGUUUGCACUCUGUUACUCUCCAGCCAUCGCGAUGGUGGGCAAAUAUUUCAACAAAAGGAAAGCGCUGGCCUAUGGAAUAGCCAUGUCAGGAAGCGGGAUCGGCACCUUCAUUCUUGCCCCCGUGGUCCAGCUCUUGAUCGAGCAGUUUUCCUGGCGCGGAGCUUUACUCAUCCUGGGAGGUUUUGUUUUAAACCUCUGUGUCUGCGGUGCCUUGAUGCGGCCCAUCGCUCUGAAGGAGGACCCUAAAACUGCUCCCGAGUUUCUUGAACAGGAUUAUGUCCCCAAAGCACAGAAACGAGACUUGAAACGAAUGUCCGUCUGCUCGCCUUUAAUCAAAGCGUGGUCUCAUCAAUGUUUAUGCUACUGUUCGUGGAAGGAAUAUGACUUUUUACUGAUGCCAGGCUUUAUGGUGCUGGCAGUGUCGGUUUUAUUUAUGGCAUAUGGCUGUAGCCCUCUUUUUGUCUACUUAGUGCCUUACGCUCUGAGCGUUGGAGUGAGCCACCACCAGGCUGCCUUCCUCAUGUCCAUCCUGGGAGUCAUCGACAUCAUCGGGAACGUCACCUUCGGAUGGCUAACGGACAGAAGGUGUCUGAAGAAGCAUCGGCACUUCUGCUACCUCUUUGCCGUGGGAAUGGAUGGCCUGUGUUGUCUCUUCCUGCCGGUGCUCCACACCUUCCCCUUGCUUGUGCCUUUCUCAUUUACCUUUGGCUACUUCGACGGGGCCUACGUGACGCUGAUCCCCGUCGUGACGGCCGACGUCGUGGGGACUUCUGCCCUGUCGUCGGCGCUGGGCGUUGUGUAUUUCCUUCAUGCCAUACCGUACCUGGUGAGCCCGCCUGUCGCAGGUUGGCUGGUGGACACGACGGGCAGCUAUACCGCGUCGUUCCUCCUGUGUGGAUUCUCCAUGAUAUUUAGCUCAACCCUACUGUGCUUUGCGAGACUAGCCAAGAAAAUGAAAAGAACGCAUUUGCGGCCGCUCGCCGGUGACGCCGGCCCCAAAGGGCACAUCUGGACCAACGGAGCCAUAGCUUAUUCUGUCACGGCAGAGCUGGACCAAAAGGAUGUGGAGUUUUUGGCUGCGGGUACAAAGAGCUACGGCAACAGAUGACAAGUGCCAAGUGACAUCUGGAUCCAGCUGCGACCGAGGUGGCGGUGGCUGCGCUGUGUAACGCUGCGGACGAUACUGCUCCUGUGAAACAAGGCAUCUCGCAAUUAAGAUUCUUCCGGCGUGUUUUAUUUGGCUAAAAUCCACACACAGCAACAGUCAGAUCAGGUUAAUGCAGCGACAGGAGAAAGCUGGGCUGGAAACAAAAGAGAGUUCCUAGAUACAAACGUUCACGGAUUUAUUUGAAGUGCGGUGUGUUGACCCCACAGGCAAUCUCGAAGAUUAUAGUUGGCUAUAAUCCAAAGAAAUCUCUGAAGUAAUUGAUCACCAAAACUGAACAAUAAACUUUAAAUUAUUUCAAAAACAGUUUUAAUGAAAUAA